GCCACGCCGGUGUCGCCGCCGCUGCCGCCGUCCACCGCCACCACCGGGCGGAUCCCGCGCUUCUGCCGGAGCUUCUUUCGGUCGCUUUACUUUGGCGGCCCGGAGCAGGGACAUUAUGCCGAAGAGAAAGUCCCCAGAGGGUGCUGAAGGCAAGGAUGCAGCAAAAGUAACUAAACAAGAGCCCACAAGAAGAUCAGCAAGACUGUCAGCUAAACCUGCUCCACCAAAACCUGAACCCAAACCAAGGAAAACAACGAAGAAGGAACCUGGAACAAAGGCCAGCAAAGGUGCUAAAGGGAAGAAGGAUGAAAAGCAAGAAGCUGCAAAGGAAGGUACUACACCAUCUGAAAAUGGUGAAAAUAAAGCUGAAGAGGUACUUUCCACACAUACCUCCUGCCGAUUGAAUCAGUGUUUUAUAAUUAUUCAGCCUUUCAGACAUUGUUAGCAUGUUCAUAAUGUUUCUUUUUAUUGCCCAUAAUGUUAUUGCAGAUUCGCAUCUCGCUCCACUGUUAGUGUUUCAACAUCCAGAGGUGCCCCACCCAGCACACUGUCAGUAAAAGGGCAGAUUGAAACAGUGAAAGUUAAGGGUGCGGUAGAGCAUUCAGCAUGUGUGCAGUGAAUAGGAACAGGUGGUAGUGUGGUGCUUUUCAGUGUGAACGAUGGAAGCCCACAGGUAAGGCUUGUAUUGCUUUUGAAAAGCUGGGGCUGAUGAGUUGAGAAAAGUGUGUGACUGUGCCUGUUCCGGUUGUGUAAYGUGGUAUGGACACAGGUUUGGAACUGAGCUGUUGCAAGUAAGAAAUCAAAAGAGUGAGGAUAGCCUGGGUAUUUAGGUACGUAAUACCAAUUCCCUAUAGUAAUUUAAUUCUUUCUUUCUUCU